AUGCUGAUUGACGAGUUGAGUAGCAUUAGGGUCGGCUGUUUUAUUGAUGGUGUCUGUGUCAAUAAUAUUAGUUACGCGGAUGACAUGGUGCUGCUGAGCGCGUCGAUCUGUGGCCUAAGGAAACUUGUGCAGAAAUGUGAAGAGUAUGCAAAGUCACAUGGACUUAUUUACAAUUGCAAAAAGUCGGAAGUUAUGGUCUUUGGGGCUGGGGGUAAAAGUCCUGAAAAUAUACCACCUAUAUUUCUUAAUAGAAUGCCUUUAAACAGAGUGUAUAAAUAUCUGGGUCAUAUAUUGACCCCCGACCUCAAGGACGAUACAGAUAUUGAACGUGAGCGGAGAGCGUUGUCUGUUAGGGCAAACAUGAUAGCUCGCAGGUUUGCAAGGUGUUCACUUGAAGUCAAGAUCACCCUCUUCAGGGCAUACUGCACUAACUUUUAUACAUGCAGCUUGUGGGCUAGGUUUACGCAGAGGUCAUACAGCGCUCUCCGUGUUCAAUAUAAUAAUGCAUUUAGGGUGCUGGUGGGGCUGCCCCGCUUCUGUAGCGCAUCAGGAAUGUUCGCAGAUGCACACAUAGACUGUUUCUAUGCAACAAUGCGCAAAAGGUGUGCUUCCCUGGUGAGCAGGGUGCGGGCCAGCUCCAACAGUAUCCUGAGCAUGAUUGCGAGCAGACUGGACUGCAUAUACAUGGGACGAUGUAAUGCCAUUUCCCAUGGAUUAAUGUAG